GCCGCGCGUAGCUCAGCGUGGUCAUGGUGGCCCCAAUGUAUGGCUCCCCAGGCGGCCGCCUGGCCCGGGCGCUGACGCGGGCGCUGGCGCUGGCCCUGGUGCUGGCCCUGCUGAUCGGGCUGUUUCUGAGCUGUCUGGCGGGCGCCAUCCCAACGCCGGGGAGCCGCCGAGAGCGCGAUGGGCUGGUCAAACCCUCUUCCCGCAGCUGCUCGGUGCUCCUGGACGCCACCACCGGCCAGCUGCGCCUAGUGGACGGCCGCCACCCAGACGCCGUGGCCUGGGCCAACCUCACCAACGCCAUCCACGAGACCGGGUGGGCCUUUCUGGAGCUGGGCACCAGUGGCAGCUACAAUGACAGCCUGCAGGCCUACGCAGCCGGCGUGGUGGAGGCUGCCGUGUCUGAGGAGCUCAUCUACAUGCACUGGAUGAACACGGUGGUGAACUACUGCGGCCCCUUUGAGUAUGAGGUCGGCUACUGUGAGAAGCUCAAGAGCUUCCUGGAGGCCAACCUGGCAUGGAUGGAGGAAGAGAUGGAGCGGAACGCGGACUCUACCUACUGGCACCAGGUGCGGCUGACUCUCCUGCAGCUGAAAGGCCUGGAAGAUAGCUAUGAAGGCCGUGUGAACUUCCCACCUGGGAAAUUUACCAUCAAACCCUUGGGGUUCCUCCUGCUACAGAUCUCUGGGGACCUGGAAGACCUGGAGCCAGCCCUGAAUAAGACAAAGACCAAGAAUUCCCUGGGAUCAGGCUCCUGCUCUGCCCUCAUCAAGUUGCUGCCUGGCCAGAGGGACCUCCUGGUCGCCCACAACACCUGGAACAACUACCAGCAAAUGCUACGCAUCAUCAAGAAGUACUGGUUCCAGUUCCGGGAAGGUCCCCAUGAAGACAACCCCUUGGUUCCUGGCAACAAGGUGGUCUUCUCAUCCUACCCGGGCACCAUCUUCUCUUGCGAUGACUUCUACAUCCUGGGCAGCGGGCUGGUAACUCUGGAAACCACCAUUGGCAACAAGAACCCGGUCCUAUGGAAGUAUGUGCAGCCCAGGGGCUGUGUGUUAGAGUGGGUGCGCAAUGUCGUGGCCAACCAUCUGGCCUUAGAUGGGGCCACCUGGGCAGAUGUCUUCAAGAGGUUCAACAGUGGCACGUACAACAACCAGUGGAUGAUUGUGGACUACAAAGCAUUUAUUCCCGGCGGGCCUAGCCCUGGGAGCAAGGUGCUCACCAUCCUGGAGCAGAUCCCGGGUCUGGUGGUGGUGGCAGACAAGACCUUGGAACUCUACCAGAAGACCUACUGGGCCAGCUACAACAUACCGUCCUUUGAGACUGUGUUCAAUGCCAGUGGACUGCAGGCCCUGGUGGCCCAGUAUGGGGACUGGUUUUCUUAUGACGGGAGCCCCCGGGCCCAGAUCUUCCGGCGGAACCAGUCGCUGGUGCACGACGUGGACUCCAUGAUCCAGCUGAUGAGGUACAAUGAUUUCCUCCACGACCCCCUGUCACUGUGCCAGGCCUGCGACCCUCAGCCCAAUGGGGAGAAUGCCAUCUCAGCCCGCUCCGACCUCAACCCAGCCAAUGGCUCGUACCCUUUCUCAGCCCUGAGCCAGCGCUCCCACGGAGGCAUCGAUGUGAAGGUGACCAGCAUGUCGUUGGCCAAGGCUCUGAGCCUGCUGGCGGUUAGCGGCCCCACGUGGGACCAGGUUCCCCCCUUCCAGUGGAGCACUUCGCCCUUCAGCAGCCAGCUGCACAUGGGCCAGCCCGACCUCUGGAAGUUCUUGCCCAUAGAAGUCUGGUGGGACUGAGGCUCCAGCCCACUCUGCUGCCUUCACCCCUGCUGACCCGCAGGGCCCCCACCUGCUGCCAGUCCUGACCUCUGCGCCACCCCUGAGAAGGGGGUUUGGCCUCUGUGUGCACUGAGCUGGGAUAGGGUCUGCCAGGAUCGUUCUCUGGGUUGUCUCCUCCAGGACAGGGCAGGGGGCCUGACAGGCUCUUAACUGGCUCUCCCCGUCUCUUGAAGUGGGCAAGUGACACCUGGCUCCUUUGCCUCCCUGGGUUUCUGUCUCUCUGCUGCUUCUAUCUGUAGCUUGCUCCCUUUAGGGCUUGGGAGGAGCCUGGCAUUAGGCUCUGGGACCCUUCCAGGUGCUACCUCCCAGCCUGGUUCUCGUUGGUGGUAGUGGUACUGGUGAGGUUUCAGCCCCAGGUCCUGGGCGUCAUCUCUGGUCAGUGUUGCUCUUCCCAGCCCUCACCCCCACCCCUCUGCUCCCCCAGGAAGCAGCCCCUUUGUCUCCCUCUCUGGGCAGCUUCCUUGAGGACAGAAACUUGAAAACAAACCAAAACCAAAGUCUCUGGCCACGUGUGGCUGGAGAGUCCUGAAAGUCCUCUCUCUAGGGCAGGUGAGAACGUCAGCCCCUAUAUUCCUGCCUUGUGCCCCCAUCCCACCCCAGCCUGGGCCUGCCCCAAGCCUCAGCUCCCCUGCGCGGGGACACAAACCAUAGGCCACCAUUAAACAAGAGAGGCUGUG